AUGUUCCUUUGCAUGGAGAUAAUGAGCGAGGUGCCGACGGACGGCACGUCGGGAGUCCUCGACCUCAGCAGGAACCACUACUCGCUGGCCUCACGGGUUCUUCUGUCCCCGGACACGGUUGCCUUCUCCUACUGCCUGCCCAGAGGCUCCGAGUCCCAGGGCUUCCUCUCCUUCGGCACCAUCCGGCCCGAGCUCGCCGGCCGCAAUGUGAGUUACGCCACCCUGCACAGCAGAGCCCCCCGCCGGAACCUCUACUUCCUGAGGCUCAUUGGCGUGAGUAUCGGCGGGCUGGACCUCCCGAUCUCCGCCGAGGCUCUCGCCGGCGACGCGCUGGUCGAGGUGCAGACCACGUUCACCUACCUGAAGCCGAAAGUGUACGAGUACCUGCGCGGCCUGUUCAGGCUGUGGAUGAUCAGUUACAAGGUGGCGCCAUCGUCCGGCGAGCUCGACACGUGCUACGACUUCACCGACAUGGACGCUAUCGGUGUGCCGAGCAUCACGCUCAGCUUUGAGGGUGGGGCGAGCCUGGAGCUCGGAUUGGAGCAGAUGAUGUACUUCAGCAACCCCCACAACAUCUUCUCGGUGGCGUGCCUCGCGUUCGCGCCGGCGCCGGCGUACGGGUCGGGCGUCUCCGUCAUCGGGUCGCUGGCGCAGGCGUACACGGAGGUGGUCUACGAUCUGCGUGGAGGCAAGGUCGGGUUCGUCGACAACCGCUGCUGA